AUGUUCCUCUCAGAUGGGACUCUCUCAGCCGUCAGUUCUGCGCUCCUGUUGGGAAUAUCGUGUCUGAGCGUCCUGGGCGAUCUCACCAAGGACUCUUCAGACUUUUCAGGUUACCUGUCCAAAGUGUUGAGGAACUACACCGAGCAGGCCUGUGACGGAGACUUCCUGUCUGUUCGCUGCCCGCCCCGCACCACCAUCACCAUCCAAUUAGCGUUCUAUGGAAGAAGAGGCGCUUCUGACCACCAACAGUGCCCUCAGACCUACCAGGCCCUCCUAAGUUCUUAUGCCGCUUGGGAGGAUGACCGAUAUUGUUCUGUGUCCACCGCACUACAGAAAAUGCUGGAUGAGUGCCAAGACAGAAGGAGCUGUCAAGUCCUUGUCAACAGCCGUGUGUUCGGGACGGACCAGUGUCCUGGCAGCAGUAAAUACCUCAUUGUCUGGUACAAAUGCAGACCUAACGAGUAUAAGAGCAAGGUGGUCUGUGAGGAGGAGAGGAUGAGGCUGAGCUGCAAGCGGGGUAUGCAGAUCGCCGUUUACUCCGCCAUGUUUGGCCGAACUCAACAGGGCACCCUGGAGUGUCCCCUGCACCACAGGAGGGCCCCGUCAGUAGACUGUGAGUCGUCUGUGGCUCUGCAGGUUCUGACGGCCCGCUGUCAGGGAAAGAAAAGCUGUCUGGUUCGAGCCUCCACCAGAGACUUUGGAGAUCCAUGCUACUCCAGCACCAGGAAGUACCUCAGCGUCAUCUACACCUGUGUCCCAAAGAAGUUGCUCCAGGAGCAGGGACCCAGACCGCCGGUGUACCCCCCUCCACCCGGCGCCCAUGACCCCAACAUAGUGGGAGACAGCCCUCCGGAGGGGAGCUCAGCCCAACGGCCUGACGCUGUUCCAGAUCGGAAGAAGGUUAGGGAGACGAACCCCCACGAGGAGAAGUUUUCAGAAGCUGGAGGAGGAGGAGGAGGAGGAGGAGGAGGUGGAGGAGAAGGUGGAGGAGAAAGUGUACUGCGGCCCCCGAGCAUGAAUCCCAUCAUCAACUCCACCUCUAGCACCAACAUGGCCCUCAUCAGCAACGCACUGGCAGCCUACACUUACAUAUCAGACCACCCGGAGAGGGCGGCGCUCUUCUUCGUCUGCGGCGUGUGUUUGGGCCUCUUCCUCACACUCUUCGCCCUGGUGGUCCAGAUCUCCUGUCGCACCGACUGCCAGCCCCGUCAGCGGGCCCCUGCCAAGAAACGAGCGCGCCCCGCCGACUCUUCCUCCGAUUCCAGCGACUCGGACUCGGACUGGGACACCACGUCGGAUCUGUCGGCGCGGCGGCACCGGCGAUUCGAACGCACGCUCAACAUGAACGUAUUCACGUCGGCGGAAGAGCUGGAGAGAGCGCAGAGGCUGGAGGAGCGGGAGCGCAUCAUCCGAGAGAUCUGGAUGAACGGGCAACCUGACAUCCCCGGGACGCGGAGCCUCAAUAGGUAUUACUGAGGCCUGCCCAGGAUGACUCUAUAAGAAGCCUGCUUGGCUUGAACGACAUUCAGGAUGCACUCGAGUUGGAAGGGGAGAAGAGACGUGGCCCUCAUGAAGCUUUAUAAGCACGCAUGCAAACUGUGGACUCACACUGACGAGAACAGUUGAGGGGAGUGCAGACUUGGGAAGAAGGUUAUUUCCCCUCUGCUGGUUUGCAUAUUCCUCUGGGUAUCAUAAGCUGUGUACCCCAUUCAGUCAGAGAAUAAGCUCCCAGCUCACCCCUUUCUGCCGGAAGCGAGGGGUGAAGGGCUACACUGCCUUGCCCGUGACCUCAGCAGGCCCUUUUGAAGUGGGGGUUUAUGGGUUAGCUGCCUUAGACACACACGGGCCUGUAGAAACGACACAAGGACUGAAGGACCGAGGCCUCAGAUGGGUCCGUUUCAUACACAACGCGAGUCGCCAGCAAAAGACUGUGACACUUGGAGCUUUAUGCUCGGCACCCUCCAGUAUUUAAGUGGGGACUGCACCGAGGGGCGGCAGAGAGCAGAAAGAAGUGUACUAUGGGAUAAUGUAAGACAAUCUUUCCACAGUGAAUAACCACGCUGCCUUUUUAAACUUUAUAAAAACCAAAAUAUAUUUGUGGGACAUUCAUCUCAACCCUUAUGAAAUCUAUUUUAUAAUAUUUAAUAGUUUAUUGAUGUUGUGUAUUUUUGUUCUCAAGUAUGGUUUAAUAUGAGAUUUUUUUUCUACUUGGCGAAGGUUGUCUGGCACCUCAGGGAUGCAAUCCUAGUGUUUCUGUGUUCGGUUGAUGUUGUUGCUUCCUAUGAUGGGGAUCAGCCCAUUUAAACAGCUAAUGUCAGCAUUUAAAGAAAAUAAUUAGGAAUAUCAUAUAUUGAGCCUCAAAGAGGUUUCGUGAUUUAACCUUAUUUUUGAUACGGUAUGUUUAAUUCACAGUGCAGUAACUUUUCUAGCUAAUAAGUCACUGUUGUCAAGAGUGCAAAGUCCAAGAACUUGUCAAAUGAGCUAUUAAUUAGAUAUCCUGAAUUUAUCUUACAGUUGCUUUGCUGAAAUGGAGCAUGUGUCCAAUCUGUCUCUGACACGCUAUGCACUUGCUGCUCUCCCCAGAUGUAUAUGUGCGAAGCCAGAAUUAGCCAAUUUUAUACCAGCAAAUUAGCUAGAAAUCAUUUUCUGGUCCUUGCGAAAUGUCAGGUCUCGUGUCAACCGUGCCCUUAGUUUAAAGGUACCAGUGCGAAGCCAGAUGCUCGUGGUAAUCGCUGCUCAUGGCCAUCUGGAGAAGGAACCAGCACUGAAAAAAGGUUCACAGUGGACAUGCAACCUGCGUCUAUAAAAUCAUGUUGCCAGUUUAUUAAAAUAAGCUAUUGUAAAUCCAGCUGUCUGUGCUGCCUUGGAUUCAAGCGUGGAAUAAUUAUAGUUUUCAUAAAAGCUUGGUAUUUUCCUGACGGAGAGUUUAAUUGAGCAUACACAGGACAUUUUACGGUCAUCCACCUAAAGACUGCCACUCUAUAUAAUUUAUAUAAAGACAGUUAUUGUGCUUACAUUUGAAUGAGGUUAAAAUGUGCUGAUAGCUGGUAAAGUGAGACCAAAACAUGACCCCUGUGCUUGGAAUAAACUGUGUUCAAAAUAA